AUGGAGGGCGAGAUGAGCAACUUCUUCAAGGGUCUGCUGUUUGGCAUUUUGUUGCGUGCCUAUGAUUACAGUGGCCAAAUCCAUCCAAAGGCCCUGUUGCUUCUCUAUUCUUUGCACAUGUACUUGCUCCUCGAACUCAUCCUAGCCUUCGUUGCAACCCUGGCUCGAGCCCUCCUAGCCAUCGAGCUGGAGCCUCAGUUCAACGAGCCCUACCUCUCCACCUCACUCCAAGACUUCUGGGGCAGACGAUGGAACCUCAUGGUCACCAGCAUCCUACGACCCACCGUUUACGAGCCCAUCCUCGACAUCUCCCGACGCGUCGUUGAUCGCAAGUGGGCACCGCUGCCCGCAGUGCUCGCAACGUUUGUGGUAUCAGCUUUGAUGCACGAAAUCGUGUUUUAUCACAUGGGGAGGAUGCGGCCCACGUGGGGGGUCACGUGCUUUUUUCUACUGCAUGGGAUUUGUUUGACGGUUGAGAUUGCUUUGAAGAAGGCAUGGUCGGCCGGCAGGUGGCGGUUGCCGAGGUUGGUCUCUGGAUUGUUGACCGUUGGAUUCGUGAUGGGGACCUGCUUUUGGUUGUUUCUUCCGCAGUUCUUUCGGUUUGGGGCUCAUGUCAAAGCGUUUGAGGAGUAUGCUGCAUUAGGUGAACUUUUCAGGGAUCUCAUUAGCCCAUUUGUCUCUCGGGUUGGGUAG